AGCAUUGCUUAUCCGAUGUCGCCACCCUACUUCGCAACCAAUAGUACUCCGAGUGCUCGUUUCGCUUUUGUCUUUGCUGAUAUAUAGGAGAGAGAACUUAAAGUAAGUCACAGAAUAUGACUAUGUUAACAAGAGGGACUGGGUGGAGAUUUAUCGACAGUCAAUCGGACCGAACUCAUGAAAGCACGAAAUGUUGUUAAAAGCCAUCUCAUGCAUCCUUCUUCUGAUUCCAAUCAGCACAGCAAAUAGUGAUUUCACAGUACAUUGUGAGGGUGAGCUUACAACAUUGUCCUGUCUCGACCCAAGGAAUUAUACUGAGAGCAAAGUGGAGAUAAAUGCACUUUGGAAAAAAGGUUCUGGUGAAAGGGUGAUCUGGAAAUAUUACGGACACACCAAAAAAGGAGACACGUUCAAGAACAGGACAGUAAAUUUGAAUGAUAAUUUAUCUCUUUCCAUUGAUGGAUGUGAUCUGUCAGAUCAAGGCAUAUACAUUUUUUGCAUAAAUGGAAAACCUAGCUGUGAAGUUAGGCUAUUUGUCAAAGACUCAAACCAUUGCAAACCAAAAACAUCCCCAGAACAAUCAACUAGAAGCCCUGCAGAUGUUAAGGAGAAACAAACUGCCACAGAUGAAAAUCACCAGCACACUGAAACCAGUCAGCCUAAUACUUACAUCAGAUGGGUUGUUUAUGUAUUACCAUGCUUCGUUGUGCUCAUUGUCUUAUUGCUGGUUGUCUAUGCAUGCAUCCAGAGAGAAGAAACAAGUAAAAACGACAAGUCAGGAUCUAAACUGCUUCACAAAGAUAUACAGAGUAGCUAUGCCAGUGCAUGAUUUUAAAUGUAAUGAUAACACAACAGCUUACCAUAAGGAUGAACAUCAGAACCGGGUUGUUAGACCCAGAGGAAUAAAAUUAAGACUUAUGUCAGUACACCACAUUUUCAUAAUUCUUCUGAGGUCAGAAAAGAAAAGCUAUGACCCAAGUUAUGCCCCAAUAUGUCUGAACUACAUUUGCCAUUUAUUUUGUUUGAUAUGGUGCAAAUUUUCUUUCUCUUACUGUUUAUGGUUGUAUUGUCUUUGCUUGGGGCCCCCAAAGACCAAUGAUGAGAGCAAAGGCAAUACAACCACAAAGAGUAGGAGAACAUUUUUUUGCACCGUAUCAAACAAACAGGUGGGCAAAUGUAGUUCAGACAUGUUGCCAAUAUAUAUCUGCCCCUGUAUAGCAGCUGUUAAAAUGAGAACUGUAAAUAUUUACACAUGCCUAAUAAGACACUUUAUAUCAUUUCUUACUGUGAAAGAAUUAUUAGACACUGUUUUAGCUCUAAAUAGCAAAGUUAAAGAUCUUCUAGAAUUAAUCUGGGUGGAGGCAUAUCUUCUUCCAGUUACUGAAAACUUAUGGAAUCAAGAUCUUACAUUACAUAUUCAUUUUGUGAAAGUUUUAUAUUAUAAUGACUGGCUGUUAUACAGCUUCUUCUUUAAUAAAGUACAUAAAUCUAA